UCAUGUGACCAGCUGUGUCCAAUCACAGAUGAUAGCACUGAUCAUCAGGGCACUGAUGAUCAGUGUGCCCUGAUGAUCAGUAUAGCCCCAGCAGUGCCACCUGUCAGUGUCCAUCAAUGCCAGCUGUCAGUGCCCAUCAAUGCCACCUGCAAGUGCCCAUCAGUGCCACAUCAAUGCCCAUCUGAGCUUCCUUUCAGUGUCGCGCAGUCAGUGCCACUUAUCAGUGAUGCCUAUCAGUGCCACCCAGUGUCGCCUAUCAGUGCCAGUCAGUGCUGCCUAUCAGUGCCGCCUGUCAAU